AUGGAGGGAGAAGGCUGUAAUUCGGGUGUAGCGAUGGACUCAGGUAACCCCUUACUGAGAGCCGUUUUCCUCCGUCGUCUGCGACUCACACGGCUGCUCCUGGAGGGGGGGGCUUACAUCAAUGAAAGCGACAGCCAAGGCCAGACCCCCCUGAUGGUGGCCUGCAGGACCCAGCAUGCAGACGCCCAGAGUGCGAGCCGGGUCAAACUGGUCCAGUUUCUGCUGGAGAAAGGAGCAGACCCCAACAUCCAGGACAAAGAGGGUCACUCUGCACUGAUGCACGCCUGCCGCGAGCAGGCCGGCCCUGAGGUGGUGUCUCUGCUCCUGGCCAGUGGAGCCGACAUUAGCUUGGAGGAUCAAUCAGGGAUGUCAGCGUUGGUCUACGCAGUCAUGGCUGGAGACUUGAAGGUUCUGAAGCUGUUGCUUGACACUUGCAAGGCCAAGGGGAAGGAGGUGAUCAUCAUAGCGACUGACAAAUUCCCAUGUGGACAACUGCUGGCAAAGCAGUACCUCAGCAUGCCUGCAAUUGGUCCUCUCGAUCAGACAGACAAAAUGGCAUCAGCAGCUCCUGCAUCUCCCUCUGAAAUACAGAUCAUCACCUCCCCUCAGUGCACCUCCUCCUCCUUAUGUCCCCCAAAGCCUGUCUUCUCUUUUAAAGAAGUCCAGUCCUGCGGUGUGAGCUCCCAUCCAUGUUCCCCAGCACGGUCUCGAGGAUUCGGCCAAGUGUUGGCAAACGGACUGCAGCAGCCCCUGCUGAGGUUGAACUCUGAGCCCUGGCUAAAGAUCCCAUCUUCUCUGCUCACUCAGCAAUCUCUUGCAGCCUCGUCUUCGAAAAAUGGCCACGACUUCAACCAAACUGACAACAUCUCUGUUAAAGUUCCCAUACUGGAAAGGGAUAAAAAAGUAGAAGGUGAAAACAAGAAAGACUACAAUAAACAAGCCAGACAGAAGAUAUCUUUACCAGGUCUUCUUUCACCCCACUCUGCCUCCCAUCCUAACCUCCACUCUGAGAACCUUGGAACAGAUUCAGCCUCCUCCUCUUGCCUGUCUGGUGGCAAAAACCAUCGUACUGCACUUCACAACAUGGCCUCCUCAAGCCUUCAUAGCAUCAUUCAGAGGCGCAAGCUGGGUGCAGACAUCUACAGCUCUGACCCUCAGCUUUCUGCAGACAUCCAAAAUCUCCCAACAGACACCAAGAAGCUGGCCCCCUUACGUUGCUCCAGAGAGUCAUUGCUGACCUUGGGUCCAAGCAGGAGAGUGCUGUCCGGGUAUGAGCGCAGAGGGUCCGCUGCCUUCUUGUUGGACCACAGUUCUCAGGCCAGACCAAGGUCUCUGCCCCCUCUGACCCUCAACUCCACCAACGCUCCUGUUCUCAAUGUUUGCAACUUAGAAGCCGGAGCUGGAGGAGGUUUCUCUGAGAAAGAGUCUGACCUACAAAGAUUCCUCCCCUCUGCUCCUCCGGGCCACCCCAAAGAGCUGACCAGGAGGAUGCUACUGAGGAGACAUUCAAUGCAGUCUGAACAGUUCAAAAGCACAGCCUGA